AGAAGCCGGGCACGACGCCCGACUUUGCCUAACAUUUUCCUUUUCCAAAGAAAGACCGGAGAAGAAGAAGGCGUGACGACCGCUGAAUGUGCAAGGCCACGGCUGGUCUGGUCACUCGCCACUCCACGGCCGAGCUCCUCUGCCUAACAAAUCUUAUAUAUUCCCUCUUCUGCCCUUCCCACUACUCCCCGUAGACUUGAUUCGCCGGCGCCGACGAGCAACCCCGACUUGACUCUGACCACACCUCCACGCACACACAAGCAAAGAAUCCUCUCCUCUCAGUGGCAAAGCCAAGAUGAGCCGGCGCCACCUCGUCCUCCUCCCCUGCCUCCUCCUGCUCCUGGCCGGCGCCGCGUCGGCGUCGAGUCCCCCGAAGGCGAGCCGGGCGGAGGCGGAGGGCUACGUGCGGCGGUGCUGCCGGGCCACGAGCUACCCGCGCGCGUGCGAGCGGAGCCUGGUGCCGCGCGCGCCGGCCGUGGGGCUCAGCCCGCGCCGGCUGGCGCAGGCGGCGCUCGCGGCCGCCGCCGACGCCGCGCGCAACUGCUCCGCCUACAUCGGCUCCCCCUCCUCCUCCUCCUCCUACGCGUCGUCCAAGGGGAAGGGGAAGGGCGGCGCCAUGGGGGACUGCGCGGAGACGGUGCGCGACGCGGCGGACCUGCUGAAGCAGUCGGCCGCGGAGCUGGGCGGGCGGGUGGGGCGCGCCUCGUCCCCGCGCUUCGCGUGGUGCCUCAGCAACGUGCAGACCUGGGCCAGCGCCGCGCUCACCGACGCCGAGACCUGCCUCGACUCCCUCGCCACCUACGCCGGCGCCGGCGCGCCCCGGGAGGACGUGAGGCGCCGCGUCGUCGCCGUCGAGCAGGCCGCCGGCAUCGCCCUCGCCCUCGUCAACCGCCUCCAGCCCGCGCGCCGCCCCGCCGCCGCCGUCCACCACCAGUAGCCAGCCAGCUACCUACCUACCUCGCCGGCUCCCUCAUCCAUUCAUUCCCCUUCGCCAUUGCUGCCGCCGCCACAUAUGUAAUGUACGGAUCAAUUGCUGCCGGUAAAACAAUUUCAUCACCAUCA